CCGUCCGUCGUUGUGGAGACGGCUCGGAUCCGCUCAUCUUGCGAUAUCAUCGAACAACCCAAACAAUCCCACAGCUCUACUACACCCAGCUUCAACGCGCGGUCGAAAUGGGGUUCGGCGACUUCGACACGAUCUGCCAGAAGGCAGCGCUGCCGCUGUGCUCCCUCGUGGGCCCGGCUUCCUCGAUAUCAGGCGCAACCGGCAUCAUCCCCAAUUGCUAUGCGCGAAACAUCGAACUGGCCAACACAAUCAUUUUCGAAGGCGCCGCAUCCUUCGUCCAUAUCAUAGCGCUGGCAAUGACGGUCAUUAUGAUUUUACACAUCAGGUCCAAGUUCACCGCGGUCGGUCGCAAGGAGAUUAUCACCUUCUUUUACAUCUAUAUGCUCCUAACGAUGUGCUCUCUGGUCAUCGACGCCGGAGUGGUCCCGCCCAGGAGCGGCCCGUUCCCUUAUUUCGUCGCUGUACAAAACGGCCUAACCUCCGCCCUAUGCACAAGCCUUCUCGUCAACGGAUUCGUUGGAUUCCAGCUCUAUGAAGAUGGAACAGCGCUCUCAGUCUGGCUCCUCCGUCUAACCUCCACAGCGAUGUUCGCCAUCUCAUUCGUCAUCUCCCUCCUGACGUUCAAGUCAUGGGGCGGGCUCAGUCCCACCAACACCGUCGGCAUGUUUGUAGUACUAUAUAUCCUCAACGCGAUCUGUAUAGCAGUCUACCUCAUCAUGCAACUCCUAUUGGUCAUGAACACGCUUGAAGACCGCUGGCCUCUCGGCCAUAUCGCGUUCGGCCUCCUGGUCUUCAUCUGCGGUCAGGUGCUCCUCUACGCGUUCAGUGACACCAUCUGCGAGAAUGUCCAACAUUACAUGGACGGUCUGUUCUUUACGACCAUCUGUAAUCUACUUGCGGUCAUGAUGGUUUACAAGUUCUGGGAUUACAUUACGAAGGAAGAUCUGGAAUUCUCCGUCGGUAUCAAACCCAAUACAUGGGAGGUUAAGGAAUUCCUUCCGGAAGAAGAUCGUCGCGCAACAGUUUACCAGGACACAAAUUCGGAGUACGCCGGAAGCAUGUAUCACCACCGAGUGUCGGCUUAUAACAGUCACAAUUAUUAAUCACUAUUAGGUUUGAUAUAUCUUGUGACGAUCAUAUUCAAGGGUUAUUUAUUUGAUUUUUUUUUAUUUUUGAUCUUUUAAAGUUAGUCAUUGAUUCGCGUUGUUGCGGCCUAACGAGUUAAUGCCUGAGUGUGAGCGUGGUUGAAUAUCCUCUUUUAUUUUUUGUUGUAAAGUUUUGCCAGUCAUGUGAGGAACUUCGACUGUAACAUUCCCAACGAUGUUUUCUUUCAAUAUGCCAUGCGACGGUAGCGUUGAUUCAUACAACGUUUUCUUUGAUACUCCCGACUACUUCUGUGUGAUGUGUACAGUGGAUAAGCCGACUCAGUUUAGUAUCUAGAAUAGUUACACAAUUAAAGUGAUUCAAGUUGUUCUUCGAACCUCCUGUUGGCUUUUAACGAUUCCAUCAUUGAAGUUUUGGCAUUUCACAUGACAUAUAUCGCCAUUUGUACGAGACUGCCAACCCUGCAGUGUAAGAAGAACAAAUGUCACCGGCCGAAAUUAA